AUUCCACCGCACAGUAGACAAGAAUCCUGAGGCAGAGGAUGUCUUGUAUGAAUGAAAAAUGAUGUGGCAAUUGCAAAGCACCAGGUCAUCUCUCAUCUGAUUCUGUGCAAGUGGUGAUGCAGUAAAAACACUCACCCAAAAAUCAAGCCUGAAAUUGGGCAAGAACCCAUGUUCCUUCUUCUGCUUGCCCUUUCUCUGAAAUCACACUCACUCACUUCCUUGCAAAAACAGAAACUUUCCUAAAAUCUCUCUCUCUUCAAGUUACUUUGUCCCAUUCUCCCAUCUAAUCCCUUCCCCAUUUUCCCACCUAAAUUGCCCUUUACUCCACUUUCACAUUGCAUUUUCCACUCUCCAUAUAGAUCUGCCCAUUCAAACCCACCUUAAUUUCAUUGUAUAUUUUUCAAAUCCAAUAGUUUGGUAUAAAUAUAUAUCCAGUUUUCAGAUCUGGAGAUAAUCGGUUAAUGGGUCCUUUUGGGAUGUUGUAAUGAUGUAAUUAAAGAGGCAUUUUCAUAGCAAAGCUUGGAGGGAAGAUGGGAUCCAGUGGGAGCAAGGCCUACAGUGGUGGUGCAUCGUCAUCGUCAAGUGGAAGUGGCGGUGGUGGUUGGAACGGACGGAAGGGGAAAUGUAAAGGCAGUAGGGUUUUCCAGUCUUCUUGUCUUGGAGCGCCUUCUGGUUCUCGUGAUACUAACAAUGAUGAUGAUAAUGUUUGUGAUCAUGUGAGCAAAGAAGAUGGAGGCAAUGCUUCGUCUACUAGCCAGACUGAAAUAGAGUCAGAUCAGGUCAAAAUUGAAUGUUUUAGAAAGGUCAAAGUCGAACAAUCUGAUGAAACUUGUGUAUCUUCUAAUGUUGAGCUUGAUGAGUGGAAUCAAGCAAGUAUCACUAAUACUACCUCCAGGAUGGGUAACAACUCUGCCCGAGCUGCUUCUACUCCAUCCUUGACAUCUCAAAGUAGCUUUCUUUCUCGCUUUAGUUUUGUUCCUGGUAAUGUCAGUUUUAGACUAAGCAGAGCAACCAGUGUAGGAUCAUCCAGGCCUUACCAUAUCCCUUCUACAAGCCUCCAAAUGCUCAAUGAUGAAGAAGAGAUUCACCUUCGGCCAAGAUCUGCCAAUGGCAUCAUGGAGGGAAAUGAAACUUGUCAAAGUAGCAACUUGCUGCCUACCUCUUUGAUCAAUAGAACUCAUACACAACAGGGUGAAGACUCUUCUUCAAAUUUGGGAUCUCACUAUCGAGCAUCUGGUUUGAACAAUAAUCAAGGCAAUCAGACAAAUUCUUCUGUUCAUGAUCAAAGCAGAGAUUGUGGUGGCACCAGAGUGGGGAUUGAUGGAACCUCACAUUCUCCGAGAAUUUUUAGUGAUUCGGAUAGUUUUGAGACUAGAAUUUCUGAUAGGCGGAUUGGAGCACAAGAACCCGUUGAACGUAAUGUUCGUUUUAGUCGCACCCUUAGUGUGGGAAGACUUCGUGACAGAGUUCUUCGUCGAUCAUCACUAUCUGAUGUUACGUUUUGCCCUUUGCAACAAGAGAGACAAGUGAGAGAUGCCAUUCAGGUUAGUGGGAGACAAGCUUCAGGUGGUGAAAUGAGGGUAUCAGAAUCUGAAGGUGAUACUUUAAGCUCUCCAACUUCAUCUGGUUAUCCUCCUUCUGGCACCUCUAACUCCUUGUUCAGUGUUCACGAUCAUGAUCUGGAACCUGCAAGAUCAAGAGAUGCCAGGUAUCAUGACCUACUGGAACAUAGGUCAAAUUUCCUUGAGCGAAGGAGAAGAAUACGAUCUCAGGUUCGUGCUCUUCAGCGGUUGGGAAGCCGUUUCGAGAACCUGUCUGGACAUGAGAGAUCUUGUAUAUUAUCCGGCCAUCAUAGAAUGGGUCGUUGUGCAUGUCGUUUAACUAAUAGGGAUCCCAAUUUAAAUGAUGACACAAGUGCUAGAGCUAGCAUAUCAAGAAUUGUCAUGUUAGCUGAAGCUUUGUUUGAGGUUCUGGAUGAAAUUCACCAGCAAUCUGUGGUGCUAUCCUCUCGCCCAUCAAUGUCGUCACUUGGAUCUGUACCUGCACCUACUGAAGUAGUGGAAUCUUUGCCAGUCAAAUUAUACACGAAGUUGCAAAAGCAACAGCAUGAGGAGGCAGCUCAAUGCUAUAUAUGCCUUGUGGAGUAUGAGGAAGGGGACAGCAUGCGGAUACUGCCUUGCCAUCAUGAAUUUCAUAGAACAUGUAUAGACAAAUGGCUCAAGGAGAUCCACAGGGUAUGUCCACUUUGUCGUGGGGAUGUUUGCAGAUCUGAUUCAUUGCAAUCUGCCAGUUGAUCAGCUACAGACUCCUGCAGAUGUCAAGUUUUUGAAUCCUUUUAUGCCGGGACAUUGGUUGUUGCCUUUCCAAUGUAUUCAUGCUAAGGGAUCAGCACCUUGAUGACAUUUUAGGUUAGGACCAUAACUUGGGAGUUCUGUGGGUCUUUAUCUAAUUAUUUAUUUCUCAAUGGGGUGAAGGUGGAUUUUGGUGGCUGGAUGGAAUCUGUUAUCCUUUUUUUUCCUUCACUUGUUAGAGAAUGUUUAAAUGGUGACUUGAGCCAAAAGGUCCUCUCAUCUUUAAUUAUGAGCAUCUUCAUUUUCUUGUAA